CAUCGUCACGCUAGGAAUAUGUCACCGACGUUUCUCACUCUCCCUCGCGAGCUGCGCGACCGAAUCUAUGACUACGUCUGGUCAGACACCAGCUCAGUCUGGCUCAGAUACGCGAGUUUCAAAGAUGAGCUCUGUUUCGAAGCUCACGAUCUUCGUUUUCCGGAGCAAGUGGUCAAACGCUAUCCUCCUCCAGGCUACACGGCACCAGAGCCCACUGCAGCCAGGAAAGAUUCGCUAGCAGACGAUGUUGCAUCUGCUCCAGCCGCGGCAAGCCCGGAGAAAGAAGCAUGUCCGCAAUCUUCCCGUCGCGACAACAACACCAUCGAAUUCGAUCUCGAAGCCUUCUUAGACGAAUGGUCUGAGUGUGAUGACGAGGACGAUAGCUCAGAUGAGGAAGAUGAAAACGAGGCUGGGGGCAAGAACGAGCAGCAGCUGAAACGUCAGUUCAACCUCGAGUCUUGGCUUCCACUUCCCACCAGUCUGUUCACCGUCAACCGACAGCUUCGCAACGAGACCUUGCAGUUCUUCUUCUCCACGCGCAACAUAAUUCUCGACGCCGAUGGAGUGGCCUCUAUUCGCUUUCUCUGGCAACUCCCGACGAUCGUUCGCGAAGCCAUCACAACAAUCUCACUUGGCAGUUUCGCAUUGCAGACUGACGACAAGUACAGCAGCGCAGCCUGGUUCGGGGUUGCCGAAGAGCCUGAGUACCGAGACGCUUCUGGCCUCACACUGAUCACACCUUUCGCCGCCUUCCUCGCCUCUCACCUACCAAAACUCAAUCACAUCAAUCUCUACCUCCCAUACUCCGGCACAGAAGACUGGUACCCAACCCUCGCACCGAUCGAAUUAUCCCUCCUCCUCAAAUUCCACCGCAUCAAAUCCCUCAACUUCAUCUUCAUGGGCGAAGACGUAGUCAAAACGCUUCGAAACGGGAAACUGAGGAGUCGAGAAUGUUACGAAAAAUUAAUGGGAGGUUUCAAAGACUGUGAGAGACUUGCGGAGCAUGAGUUUGAAUUGGAACAUCCGGCGCCCGAGAUGAGGAGUUUUGAUAAGAAGUCGCAUGGGAAGAUGAUGGAGUAUGUCAAGACGAGACAUGAGUAUGUUGAGGGGAAUCGAAGGGAGUUUCCGUGGAAGUGGGCGCGGCGGGACGUUGAGAUGGGGAGUGAUGGGAAUGUGCAGGCUGUGGUGAGGUGUUGGGUUGAGUGAUGGGGGGAAGUUGAAGGCAUUACUGUGCGGCACGAUGUAUGUGAUCACGUACUUGCAAGUAUUACUGAUAUCCUCCUACCUUCAUUAAUUAAACGUUUAGCC